AUGCCGCAGAAGCGGAAUCCCAUGCUCUUGGAGCGUAUCCGCGAUCCUGAUAGCACUACUCUCGGCGUGAUGCACACAGCUACGUCAACCGGCGUCGAUCAGGCCUACAUCUACAAUCUCCUCUCGGGACAGUGUGCUGAAACGGCGGGUGCCAUUGGGUUUCUUCGCGAGAUCGUUUCCACCAUGGAAAUCGAUGAGCCGGCAAUGCGUUUAUCUGCGGGCAAGCACUGGUCCACUACCAGUGCUCUACCAGACGCUCUCGUUGUGUCGUGCAAUCUAAGUUUUCACGAAGCCCACGAGAAGGUCGCUCAGCUCGUCGCCGCCCAUGAGAAGGCUGGUGUACGCGACGGCAAGCUUUGUGAUGACCUAGUCAAUAAGAUGCCGUUCGGCAUACCAACAUCCCAGAUCAGGCGGAGCCUCGACCCUGGCGAGUUCGUGGCCACUAUGAUCAGUCCCAAGGGCACAUCUCCUGCCGCACGAGAGGAACUCGCCCUCGCCGCUGAGAAGAACAUACAAGAUAUGAAGGGGGAGCUUGCGCGACGGAUUCGUCAUGUUGACCGGGGAAUCGAACAGUUACUCCAAGAAGCAAAAGCAAUCACAAUGUGUGUUUGA